AGUGAAAGAUUACGCACCAGGAAGCUGAAAGGACAUAGGCCUACUGUACACCUGGUUUGUUGGCCGUAACGCGAAGCUACGGAUUGUUGCCUCUGCUACGGGAGCAUCGCCCAUUAAAGACUCAUUAAAGUUUCCUAGACGGUGGUGACUUGGGGAAGCAGAAUUAAAUUCCUGUUUUAAUGGCGGGUUGGUUUCCUCUGCUCGUUGGACUGCUCCUAUCGGUGGUUCUAAAUAUCUCAGAGAGCCAAACUGUGUCCCUAACUCUGGACCAGGGAGCGAGGGUCACCAUCUCCAGGCAGGGGCCCACGGGUCCAGGCUGCACUGUGUGCGUCACAGAGGGCUCCAAGCGCCGGUGUUCCAUGGAGGACAUCAUCAAUGGCACCAACAGAAUCUCUGUGGAGUUUACUUGCCUCCAGCCACACAAAUUCUUCACUCUGGACAUAAACCGGAAGAUUGUUUGCAAAGGGACCUCCUGCAGUGGGGACAUCAUCCAGAGCGAACCAUCGCAGUUUCAGAAUUUUAACAGAACCUUCACUUGGGAUCUGGAGCCUGAGCGCCCGAGGUCCUUCCGUCUGAGCUUCACUGGUGUGGGUCUGAGGCAGGUCCUGCCCUCUGAGACGUGCCCAGGUCUGCACACCUACACCAUAGUGACUAACCAGUCCACCGGAACGACUGCCAUCGGAACCUUCUGCCCAAGCGGCACGAUCUCCUCCAUCCUGGCUCUAUCCCAGAGCCAGGUGGUGCUGCAGGUCCCAGGGGGGCGGAGCCUGGACCCCGCCACCUUCAAGGUGUCUGUUGGCCCAGAGAUCAAAACUCUUGCAUUAGUUAAAGUGGUGCUGCCUUCCGGGUCAUCAGCUACCAAAUUCUUCUCUCCCAACUACCCUGUCAGCUUCCCCGAUGAUGACCUGAUGACCUGGGAUUUCGAAGUCCCGUCACUGCACAAUUACACCGUGCGGUUCCUGAAUUACACAGAGCCUCAGUGUAUCAAGAAGGACGUGUCGGUGGAGUACCACAGGACUGGCAAUAUUUUCAUCGGCAAGACUCUGCGGGAUCCACAGCCUGCCAACAGGCAAGGGAACUUCUCCUUGACUCUGAGGAACUGUGAGAUGGACACCAAGGUCAAACCUGGCCUCACCCUGAACUUCCAGGUCUCUGUGGUCAUGCAAGCAAUUUGUGCUGUGGACCUGCAAAAGGAAGAAGGAGUCGUACUCUCCAUUGCGAAGAAAGACCCCAGCUCACACUGCCGAAUGAAAAAGGACUCUGUUGUCCAGGAGACAAUCAAGAUAGCCUCAGGAAAUAUUUACAACCUAUCUUUCCCAGGCUGUGUGAGUGAAGAACUCAUACUAACCAUGAACAAAACCAUUGAGUGUCAGCAGUUGACGAAGUGCCUGGGGAGCAGCGUGCUUCUUUCUGCCCCCGCCCUGCCGCCGUGUCUGCCCACACCCCUACGUAGCAUCACCUGGCAUCUGCGUCCCCCGCAGCAUGGAACAGUGGAACUGCUGCAGCCUACGGGCAACCUGCGCCAGUUAGUGGGAGAACAACCCUGCAAUGCCAGCUUCAGCCUCACAGUCCGGGAGGAGAACGGAGACACUGUCGGAACCUACUGCCCAGUUGGCCCUAUUCAGAAGAUCCAGAUCCACUACAACGUGUCUGUCAUUGCCACGCCCACCUCCAGCAAUGACCUCAGCAAGGCCUCAAAGCCCUUUCUCAGCGUUUCCUUCAACAAAGAGAUCUCAGAGAGAUACAUCUUUUCAGUCGUACCCCGGAAGGGUGUGCCAGUCCUCCUAGCCACACCCAGCUGGCCAGUCGGGAUGAAUGCCUACUCCACGGUUUCGUGGAUCGUUCAAGUGCCCCCAGCAUACCGUGCCAACCUGCUGUUCCUCGAUGUCAACCAGCCCAAGUGCAGCAGUCGACACACAGUGAUGAAGGUGCAGACGCUGGGCUCCCGCGAAGAGAUGUUCAGCCGGCGGGAGGACGAGAAUGCUGCCGUUGAGCUCAGUGUCCCAGAGACCUUCUACCUCAACAUGUCCAGCUGUGUGCCAGAAGAAGGAGCCUUCAGUGUGCUCUCCCAGAUUACACUGCAGGAGAAUACCCGCCGUAACCUGGGCAUCAUCCUGGGUACUGUCAUUGGGGUGGUGCUCCUUGUGCUCCUGAUCCUGACUGUUGUGUGUGUGGUGAUCAGGAAGAAGAAAGCGCAGGCGCCUGCAAACGUUUCCAUCUACAACCCCAAUGGUGUCUCCUUCGUCCCGGGACAUUACCCGUUCCCUAAAUCUCGUGCAGACAACGAGUCUCACAUCUACGCGUCCAUCGAGGACACCAUGGUGUAUGGCCACCUACUGCAGGGCUCUGAUGAGCCCUCACCUGUCACCGACCUUGAGGGCAGGCCACAGGUGGACAUUUACCGAUCCUUCACUGGGCCCACGGAAGCCCCGCCUCCAUUGCUGCCUCACAUCCGCAAGCAGGAGAAGCUUCCGGAGAUCGGGGCCCCUGAAGUGGACGUGUACCGCCCUUUCAUACACCCGUCUGAAAGCGCCCUGCCCAUGCAGCACAAGCCUUUGACCCCUGAGGAACACAUGGUGGAAAACGAGGUGUAUAGCCCUGGCAGCAAUGGAGUCCCCUCUCCCCAUUCCCUCACUCCUGGCGCUGACAGCAAACAAUGACCAUAGCCAGAGCAAUGCUGAAAAGGGAGGAUGUGUGUGUGUGUUUGUGUUUACACAGUAUAUGUGUGUGCUGGGAGGUGCACAGGGAAAUGUAAGGAAUUUACAUAAAACGUAAAACAUUUCUCCACUUGCAAUUUAACUUUUUCCUAGUAUGGGCUUUUGGGUUCCAGAAUGAUAAUAUCCACCCACCAUGCCUCGUUCUCUCUCUCUCUCUCUCUCUCUCUCUCUCUCUCUCUCUCACUCACUCACUCACUCACUCACGCACACGCACACACACCACAUUUUAUCAUAGCCGUCUUUUUACUGACCUCCACUGGACUAAUGUAACUUUGGAGGUUUUUUAAUAUCUGGCAAGUUUUUUUAAACGUGGAGCUCAAGUAAAAAUAUGCAGAGAAACCUAUUUUAAUUUGUCUAUUUAAUGCCUCUUUACGUUUAUAUAAAUUCACUUUUGAAACAUUUUACACUACAUUCUUUACAAAUCCCAUCCACAUUUUAGAAAUCUAUUUUUAAAUCUUUGAAAUACAUUUCAGACCCCUUAAUGCUGCAACACUUGAAUUUCUUGAGUAAUAGCAAAUAUAAAACAAAACGGGUGUAUAAAGUUGAAGAAAUUGGGAAAACAGAGGGUUUCAGAUACUGAAUGGAACAAUUAAGUAAAUGUUGGGAGUGUUUGCAGUGACUAAUUCUUAUUUCUCAUCAUUGGGUUGCUUCCAGCACGUGCCAUAAUUGACAUUUAUUUGCAUUUCUGAAUGUGUUGGUCCGCUAUGGUCACCACCCUUGGCCAAAGAAAGUUUAUGUAAGUUGUUUAUAUUGAAAUGUUUUUAUUUUCUUUAUUUCUAUUUCGAUUGAGCAGUUAUUUAUUUCGAAAUGUCUACCAUAAUAUUUGUAUUUUGCUGAUAUUCUGUGCUUGUUUGAACAGUUGUAUUUUCUCUAGUACUCUGAUUCCAAAAUAAAUGUUCAGUUACAAAGUUGAGCUCAAUUGGGUGGAAUUGUCACAUUUUACAUUUUGGGAGCAAAGUGUCUUUGUUUUUUUGUUUUACUGGCAAUAGAUUUUUAUAUUUCAAUAGGACUUGAUUCAACUUUAUGAUGAGAUUUCAAACUCACUAACAAGUCAUUUGUUAUUUACAGGAAUGUAGUGUGUGCUAUUGAGCUUUAUAUGAAGGCCAAGAAUGAGAUGUUUUCUUGCUUCCCGAUUCAAUGUGUUUUUAAGGAAAGGUUAUCAUAUGGGGGUAUUUCACAAGCAGGUUAAGGAGUUAGCUGGCUGACUUUGUGAAAUAUUUUGAAGUUACCUAGGCUUUUAUCCAAUCAUAUUUCUUUCUAUAAAAUAAGUUCUGAAAUGUAUCUGGCUAACUACUAUAUCCCAUUUGAAAUCCACCCUGUCUUGACAUAUGAAAUCACAAAAGCAAGCAAAGGUCACCCCUUUGACCGAAGCUCAUGGUAUGUAGGAAAUGUCUGCAUUUCACCCCUUUGAUGCAAACACAACGGAACCAAGUUCAGUAUGCUCACAAUGAGGAAAGUUAGCUUUUCUGUGUUUUAUUGCUGUGAAAUAUUUAUGUAAUGUAAUUUUAAUACAUGUUUUACUGGACAUUAGUGUAUUUUUAUAUAAAAAUCUUAUUAAAAAAAGAAUGUGUUUUAAAUUUUGGCAUGUGUGGAAACAGGAUUAACCUUUGUGAUUUUUGUUGGCUAGAAUAAAUAAACAUAAUUUUACUUUAAAAUAAAUAAAUGGCUUGAAUCGACCCCACUGUAUGUAAACUAAGGUUU